AUUUUCGGUGUGCGGCUUUUCAAGGCCUCUCUCUCUCUCUCUCUCUCAUCUUUGCUCAUUCACUCUAUUCAGAUCCCACUCUCUGCAAAUCCCCUGAUUCCCAAUUCCCAUCUCUCUCUCUAAAAUCCAUUUCCCUUUUCUUACAACCAAAAGAAGAAGGAAAUCGAAUCCCACUCUGCAAUUCCAAUUCACUUUCAGAGAGAUAUAGAUCUGCUGUUCUCCCAUGGCUUCUUCUGGGAAUCCAAAUCCACCGCCCCAGCAGCAACCCCAACCCUUUGACAUGCAGAAAUUCUUUAAACCAACAAACCCAACGCCACUCUCGCCCCAAUCCCAAACCCAGAACAAUUCAAACCAAAACCCUAACCCUAAUUUGAGUUCCUCUUCGUUCCCAAUCCCACCCGCCUCUUUCCCCCCGCCCUCUGGCCCUUACUCGUACCCUCCCCAGACGGCACCGUUUCACCACCACCAAUUCCAAUACCACCCUCACCCUCAGCCCCACCCCCACGGUAACCAUCCCCAAAUCCCUUACUCUCCUCAAGACCACCACUUGCUCCACCAGAGGUCUCUCUCAUUUCCCACGCCACCCCUCCAACCCCCCUCUACUUACAACAUUGCCACGGCCCCUUCCAACCCUAGCAGCAACAACAGUAGCACCUCCAAUUCGAACCCCAAUUCUGGUGCUCGAAUCAUGGCGCUUCUCGGCGCUCCAUCUGGCAAUCUAGAGUUGUCGGCUGCUCAGCCCGAGUUAUCCGUCCCCCCAGGGGUCUCGAUCGUGCCCACUAUCCCUAUGGGGAUUCCACCCACUGGCCCCACUCGAAUGCCGAGCAAUAAGCUCCCUAAAGGCAGGCAUUUGAUUGGCGAUAAUGUGGUUUACGAUGUGGAUGUUAGGUUACAGGGUGAGUUUCAGCCACAGCUUGAAGUUACGCCGAUUACCAAGUAUGGUUCGGAUCCCCAGCUUGUGCUGGGCCGCCAAAUUGCUGUUAAUAAGUCGUACAUAUGCUAUGGAUUGAAGCAGGGAAACAUUCGGGUUUUGAAUAUACACACUGCAUUGAGAUCUUUGUUUCGAGCUCAUACACAGAGGGUCACAGACAUGGCUUUCUUUGCUGAGGAUGUUCACCUUUUGGCUAGUGUGAGUGUAGAAGGACGGCUUUUUGUAUGGAAGAUUUCUGAAGGUCCAGAUGAAGAAGGUACACCACAAAUCACAGGAAAGGUUGUUAUUGCCAUUCAAAUAGUUGGAGAGGGGGAAGCUGUUCAUCCACGAGUUUGUUGGCACUGUCAUAAACAAGAGGUUUUGGUAGUUGGGUUUGGAAAGCGUGUAUUAAGAAUUGAUACUACUAAAGUCGUGAAGGGUGAAGUCCCUUCUGCAGAUGAGCCUCUCAAGUGUCCUGUUGAAAAGCUGAUUGAUGGAGUCCAAUUUGUUGGUAAACAUGAUGGAGAAGUGACUGAUUUGUCAAUGUGCCAAUGGAUGACCACUCGUCUGGUUUCUGCUUCUAUAGAUGGAACAAUAAAGAUCUGGGAAGAUCGCAAGGCACAACCACUUUUAGUAUUGAGACCCUAUGACGGCCAUCCGGUUUAUUCAGCUACAUUUGUGACAGCUCCCCACCGGCCAGAUCAUAUUAUACUUAUCACAGUGGGGCCACUUAAUCGGGAAGUGAAGAUCUGGUCCUCGGCGAGUGAAGAAGGCUGGCUACUUCCCAGUGAUGCUGAGUCAUGGAAAUGUACCCAGACAUUAGAGCUGAAGAGUUCUGCUGAACCCCGAGUAGAGGGGGCAUUCUUUAAUCAAGUCAUUGCUUUGUCACAGGCUGGCCUUCUCUUACUUGCAAAUGCUAAGAAGAAUGCUAUUUAUGCUGUGCACUUAGAAUUUGGUCCUGAUCCAGCAGCAACUCGCAUGGAUUAUAUUGCAGAAUUUACUGUUACCAUGCCUAUUUUGAGCUUUACUGGGACAAGUAUUUCACCUCAUGGUGAACAGAUUGUCCAGGUUUAUUGUGUCCAGACACUAGCCAUUCAGCAGUAUGCUCUGGAAUUAUCCAAGUGCUUGCCUCCACCACUGGAUAAUGUGGGUUUAGAAAAGUCAGAUUCCAAUAUUUCACGUGAACCAUCAGGGGCUGAAGGAUUUGCUUUGGAUCUAUCUGGAAGUAAACCCACAGAGAUGCUGCUAGCUAAUUCAAAUUCAGCACUUAAACAAACCAUACAAGAUAGUAGUUCUGAGGGUGCAGUUUCCGUGAGGUAUCCUGUAAGCUCUAGUUCUGUUGAGGCAACCACUUCGAAAGAUAUUACCACAUCAAGUACAGAAUCAAGACCUGUUGCAUUGGCAUCAGCUAAUAGUGAUUCAGAUGUUGUUUUUGUUGCAUCACCACCUAUUCCCUUGAGUCCUAGGUUGUCUGGGAAAGUUUCUGGUUUAAGAAGUCCAACAGAUGGCUCUGACCCGGGUCGCACACUCAAUGAGCAUGGUGGAGACCAACAAGUCAAUGAUUACUCAGUUGACAGGCAAUUGGACAGUGUUCGUUCAAACUUGUCAGAUGUGCCUGCAGUGGAUGAUGAUUCAAGAAAUAUUGAGCAGAAAGUUGGACAAGAUGAUUUAUCUAGUGUGCUCAAUCCUCCGAUCAUGUUUAAACAUCCAACCCAUCUUAUAACUCCCUCUGAGAUUUUAAUGGCUGCUUCAUCUUCUGAAGGUACUAAUCCUAUUGACAGCAAGAAUGAAGGGGAGGCAAACAUCCAAGAUGUGAUUGUUAACAGUGAUAUGGGUAAUGCUGAGGUGGAGGUUAAAGUAGUGGGUGAAGCAAGAUCUACUCAAAAUGAUGAAUUUGGAUCUCAAGGAGAACCUCAAAAUGUUGUUUCAGAAAAUAAGGAAAAAUUCUUUUGCUCCCAGGCAUCAGAUCUUGGAAUUGAGAUGGCCCGAGAAUGCUGUGCAAUCUCAGCCGAAACAUAUACUACAGAUGAAGCUCGGCAAGUUGAUGAUUCCAGCAUGACAGAACCACUGACCCAGUCUAAUGCUGGAGACGAAGACCAGGAAUCUGCAAAAGAUGUAUCUGGGCCAUGUACCACCCCAACAGUUUUUCAAUCGCAUACACCAACUACAAAAGUGAAAAAACAGAAGUGGAAAAACUCUCAAGCAUCAGGUCAAUCUUCCCCAUCACCAAGUAUGCUCAAUUCAAUAGAUUCCAACAAUGAACCAGGAGGGAGUUCAAGCCCCCCCUCUGCAGAAGCUGCAUUUCCUCAAAUUAUGGCCAUGCAGGAUACGAUUAAUCAGCUACUGACUAUGCAGAAAGAACUGCAAAAGCAGAUGACAAUGAUGGUUGCAGUCCCAGUUACAAAGGAGGGGAGAAGAUUAGAGGCGGCUCUUGGGCGGAGUAUGGAGAAGGCUGUAAAGGCCAAUAAUGAUGCUUUAUGGGCUCGUUUUCAAGAAGAGAAUGCAAAGAAUGAGAAGUUAUUGCGAGACCGUAAUCAGCAAAUAACUAGUUUGAUCAAUAACUUCAUGAACAAGGACUUUCCAGUCAUGUUAGAGAAAAUGGUGAAGAAGGAAUUGGCGGUCGUUGGACCAGCUGUUGCUCGUGCUAUAACUCCAGCUAUUGAGAAAGCAAUACCUCCAGCUAUUUCUGAUUCCUUCCAGAGAGGAGUUGGUGAUAAGGCAGUUAAUCAAUUGGAAAAAUCGGUUAACUCCAAACUUGAAGCAACUGUUUCCAGGCAAAUCCAGGCGCAGUUCCAAACUUCUGGCAAACAAGCUCUUCAGGACGCUCUUAAGUCUAGUAUGGAAGCUUCAGUGGUACCUGCAUUUGAGAAGUCAUGUAAGGCCAUGUUUGAGCAAGUAGAUGCUACGUUCCAGAAAGGAAUGCUAGAACAUACAAAUGCGGCACAACAACACUUUGAUUCUGCACAUUCGCCACUGGCACUUGCUUUAAGGGAAGCUAUUAGUUCUGCGUCAUCGGUGACUCAAACCUUAAGUGGAGAAGUGGCUGAUGGUCAACGUAAGCUAAUAGCUCUUGCAGCUGCACGAACAAGCUCAAGUGCAGUAAAUCCCCUGGUCACACAACUAACCAAUGGACCUUUGGGUAGUCUCCAUGAGAAGGUUGAGGUGCCUUUGGAUCCAACAAAGGAGCUGUCUAGGUUGGUUUCUGAACGGAAGUAUGAGGAGGCUUUCACUGGAGCUCUACAAAGAAGUGAUGUGACCAUCGUAUCGUGGUUGUGCUCUCAGGUUGAUCUGCAUGGGGUAUUGUUGCUGAAUCCUCUUCCUCUUAGCCAAGGGGUGCUUCUCUCUCUUUUGCAACAGCUGGCCUGUGAUAUCAGCAAUGAUACAUCGAGAAAAGUUGCAUGGAUGACAGAUGUGGCGGCUGCCAUAAACCCAGUAAACCAAAUGAUUGCAGUGCAUGUGCGGCCUGUCUUCGAGCAAGUUUAUCAGAUACUGCACCAUCAACAUAGCUUGCCAACAAUCUCUAGUGCCGAGCACACAAGUAUUAGACUUCUGAUGCAUGUCAUCAACUCCAUGCUGAUGGCCUGUAAAUGAUGAUCAUACUUCUAUCUAAAAUCCUACCAUUGUGCAAGAAACAUUAUUUAUAUGGACAUUUUGUACAAAUCUGCUGUGAGAUGUUUUCUUAUGAAAGCAUUACCAAACUUUGUAGAGUCAGUUUUUUCCUGGAAUUGGAUACGUAGGCUUAGGUACUCUGGGUUCUUGCUUUUGUCUACUGUAUUUAUUUCUUGUUUUUUCCUUUUUCAUUUUCUUUCUUUUACUCGUCAUAGCUCGCUGUAAACGUGAAAUUUUGUAUUUUCUUCACACCU